GGAAUUUGAUCAUACCUCAAAUCAGCUCUAUGGAACACCAUUACCAGCUAACAGUUGUUUGAAACUGCUAUUUAUUAGUAGCUGACAGUGUAAAGUGCUCCUCUUUCUCCAGAUGAACAGAACCUGCAGAACUUAUCAGUGAUUGACAUUAAUAGGAGGAGACCAUCAUCACCACCAUGGCAAUGUUGACCAUAUCUCUGCUGCUCUGUGCUGCCGUUGCUCUGAAUGGAGCAACAGGAGCUAAGGGGGCAGAGGAGGGAGUAGUGGCAAAAGAGAACAGGAACCAAUGCCCCACAGGCUGGUUCCAAUUUGGAUCGCGCUGCUUCAUGUUCGUCGAGACUGCAAGGUCAUGGCCCCUAGCAGAGCGCCACUGUGUGUCCCUUGGAGCAAACCUGGCGUCUGUGCACAGCUCUGCGGAGUAUCAAUUUCUACAGGCAAUUGUGGGGUGCAAGACUGGCGGUUUCUCAGCUACCUGGAUUGGAGGAUUUGAUGCUGUUCAGGACAGGCUAUGGUUUUGGAGUGAUGGCUCCGAAUUUGAUUACCAGAACUGGAUGAAAGGAGAGCCCAAUAAUAGCGGUGGCAGAGAGCCAUGUAUUGUGAUCAACUGGGGAGACGAAUACCGCUGGAACGAUAUAAACUGUGGAAACAGAUAUCCCUCGGUGUGCUCCAAAAGAAUCUGUGAAAUCCAGAAAAACUGAAACUGAAACAAAAAAUGCUACUCCAUAGUGCCAACAUCUAAAUGAACAGUCUUUAUGGUGAAGUCAAAUAUUCAGUAAAGAUUAUUUGUACUGGUUUUGUUGUUUAUUGUCAAUAAAAUGGGUGUAGACAUUG